AUGACAGACACUGAAGACAAUCAACAAACUUUGAGAGCGCCAAAAGACGCUUCAUCCAAAACACCAAAAUCCCCAACUAAGACAUUUUCAAAGUCCCCAGCACCAAAGAGUGCAAAGAAGAACGUUCCUAAAUCUCCAUCAACACCAGAGCCAGUACAAACUCGUUCGGAACCACCCGAUUCUCCUGACAGAAUGGCACAAUCAGCCGUUUCAGACAACGAGGAUCUCACCAAUGAUUACGAGGGAGAUGAAGAGGAGGAGAACGGGGUCGCAGAGGGAGAAGAGGAAGGAAGAGAAGAAGAUGACGAUGAGGGCCAAGAGGAGGAAUUGACUGAGCGUGAUCCAAACGAAGAUUCACGUAACUUGAGAGAUGCUCCAGAGAAAGCUUCACAUGCUUCCGAUGAAAAGGAAGUAGACGAUGUUCGAAAGAAGGCUACUAAAGCCGGUAAGGGCGUCAAAAGUAAGGCUACUACCACUGGUAAAGCUGCUAAGAAGACAACAGAGUCUAAAGCUGGAAAUGCCAAGGACAAGACCAAAUCAAAGGCUGGAGACGUCAAGAAGACUGCAGAAAAGACUGGCGAAAAGGCCGGAGAAGUUGCAGAUAAUGUCGAACCUGCUGGAAAAGUCAACGAAAAGGGCCAGGUGGUUGACGAUGAUGGAAAUGUCAUUGGAAAGAUUAAUGAAGCCAAUAUUGACAAGUCCAAACUCAAGGGCAGUAUUGUCAAUGAGGAAGGAGAUGUUUUGGACAAGGAAGGCCGUGUCAUUGGAUCUGCCGAUCCAGUUGAAGAUGCCGAUGAGAACGCCGAUGGUUUGAGAUCUCCUGCUGAUAGCGCCAAAUCUGGCCUUGAAGGAGAGACCAAAAAGCCGAUCAUCCCUCAAUCCAAACUCAAGGGUCCAUUUGAAAUCCAAGAGUCCGGUGAGAUUCUUGAUGCCAAUAAAAAGGCAAUUGGUAAACUCCAAGAUGAUGUUGACCUUGAGUCUUUGGUCGGCAAGCAAGGUGUCAAUGUCGACGAUCAGGGAAAUCUCGUCGGAGAGAACGGCAGUAUUCUCGGAAAGGUCAACUUGCUUCCACUUGAUCAACUCCCAAUUCCAGACAGCAUCAGAGAGCAGAUCAUGAAUGCCGGUAUUCCAGAAGGCAUUAGUCAGCUCGGAAGCCAGCUUGGCUCAAAGGCUGAUCUCGGAUCACAAGUUUCAGAAGCCAAGAAGGGUGUCGAAGGUGCUGUCGAAGAAGGCAAAGACACCGCUGAAGGCGCAAAGGAUCAAGCUGAAUCUAACAUCCCACCUGUUUCCAUUCUUGAAGGACUUAAGGUCAACAAAGCCGGAAAGAUCGUUGACAGAGACGGCAACCCAGUUGGUCAACUCAUUGAAGGUGAUGCCAAGAAGCUUGCCGGCAAGAAGUGCGAUAAAGAGGGUAAGAUCUAUAACGAUACUGGUAAGGUCAUUGGCCGUGCAGAACCCCUCCCAGAAGCCGAGGAAAAUGCAUCUUCACCCUUUGAGGAUUUCCCUGGUGCUAUCGUUGAUAAGUCAGGAAAGGUAAUCUUUGAGGGACAAAUCAUCGGUCAAGUUAUCGAUGGAGAUGUCAAGAAGAUGAUCGGCAAGACUGUUGACGAGGACGGUGACAUUCUCGACAAGAAUGGCAACGUCAUUGGAAAGGCAGAACGUACCGAAGAAGAGCCAGAGCCAGAGGCGGAAGGACCAGAUUACUCGGUCCUAUUCGACAAGAAGGUUAACAAGCUUGGAAAUGUUACAGAUGAUUCCGGUCGUGUGGUUGGCCGUAUUAUUCAAGGUGUCUUGAAGAACAUGAUCGGUCGACGAUGUGACAAGGAGGGAGCUAUCUGGGGCGAUAACGGCAAAAAGAUCGGUCAAGCUGAGCCAAUUCCAGAAGCAGAGAAGGAAGAGCUCAAGGAGCCAGCACCAUUCGAAGACUUCCCAGAUGCUACAGUUGAGUCCAACGGCGACGUUGUCCACAACGGCGAGGUCAUUGGCAAAGUCAUUGAAGGUGAUGCCAAAAAACUCAAGGGCAAGAAGGUCGACGCAGACGGAGAUAUCUUGUCUGCUAGCGGCAACGUUCUUGGCAAGGCCCAGCGUUGGGAGGCUCCGGAAGCCGAACCAGAGCCAGAAGUCGACAAUUCUUCCUUAGCAGGAAAGCGUGUAAACAAGGCAGGCAACGUCGUCAACAAGUCUGGCGAGAUUUAUGGUCGUGUUGUGGAGGGAGAUAUCAAGCAACUCGCAGGCAAGAUGUGCGACAAGAAUGGAUUUGUUAGGAAUGAGGGAGGCGACAUCAUUGGCAAGUGUGAAGUCGUUCCAGAGGGUGAUCGUGAAGGAUUGAAGGAAGGUCCUUUCACAGAUUUCGACGGUUGCACUGUUAACAAAGAAGGCAAGGUUGUUACAUCAGCUGGCGAAGUUGUUGGUCGCUUGGUAACCGGUGAUCCCAAUGUUCUAUUUGGACGAGCUGUCGAUGAUGAUGGCGAGAUUGUUGAUAAGAAUGGUAACGUUCUUGGAAGAGCGGAGAGGUGGCAAGAAGAGGAGGCCAAGAAAGAUAUCAACCCAAUGUCUGGUCGCAAAGUUAAUAAGGAGGGUAAUGUGGUUGACGAGAAUGGAGAUGUUAUCGGCAAAUUGACUAGUGGAGAUAUCAAGGUCUGUGCAGGCAAGAAGGUCGACGACGAUGGAGAUGUUGUCGAUCAAAAGGGUAACUCACUCGGACACGUGACUCUUCUCGAUGACAUUGUCGAAGAUGAACCUGAACCAGAGCCGGAGCCAGAAGAGCCAGAGCCAGAGCCUGAACAGGAGCCACAAGAGACAGAAGAAGAGAAGAAGAAGAGAGAGGAAGCCGAACUCGACCAGAAGAUUUGUAAACAAAUGAUUUACUGCGUUGAGGAUGCUCUUGACAAGAUCAAGCCAAUUCUCAAGAUGAUCAUUUCACACAUCGACAAAGCUGAGCGUACACCAAAGGAUGAUCUAGAUGAAGAGGAUCUUGUCAACAAAGUUAAGCCAUUGAUCGAAGAAGGUGGUCGCAUUCUUUCCGAGGCAAACGCCGCUAUCCGUGCUCUUGACCCAGGUGGAAGACUUCAAUCUCAAGCCAAGGCCAAGACAGCAGCUCAUGAAGCUACUCCAGAAGAGUAUCACUUAGCUGAUUGUAUCAAAGAACUCACUGGAGUUGUCACCGAGACUAUCGAAAAUGCCAAAAGAAAGAUUGAAGGCAUGCCCCACGCCAAGAAGGAAAUCAAUCCUCUGUGGUCUCUUCUCUCAGAGCCACUCGCUCAGAUUCUUGCGGCCGUUGGCUUGCUUUUGAGUGGUGUACUGGGCAUAGUUGGUAAAUUGCUCAGCGGACUUGGUCUCGGAGGCUUGCUCGAUAACCUCCUCGGAGGUCUUGGUUUGAAGAACCUUUUGAACGGUCUUGGACUUGGAAUGGUGGUUGAUUCCCUCACGGGCAAGAAGAAGAAAUAA